GUGAGCGUUUCGUGAGCGUUUGUGCCAUUCGGCUAGCCACCCUGUUCACAUGUAAAAGCGUCGCGAUACUGGAAACCCGCGCGUGUGGUUGUGAUGUUUACGUGUGUCUGUUAACGCUAAAUAAUGUUAUUAAAACGUUAAAUUUAAUCUAAUUUACAUGUGUAAUUUAACUGUGGGUCAUGACUACCAACGGCGUCGAUAUCCACGAGUUGGAAAAGUUAAAUUCGAGUAGCGCAUGUUUAUCAGGAGCUAAAAAAAAGGAAGAAUGCAAACCAGACCCACAGAAAUGGAAAAUGAUAAUGGAACCGGCCCUUAUCGGCGCUAUGGUAGCCAUCAACCUGUCCCAGACGUCCCUGCAGAUCCUGUAUCUGCGUACAGCUUGCAUGGUUGACCUGAACAUAGCCCCGGAGAUAUGCGACAAAGGCGUCGGUGAGGAGUUCAGAAGCGCGGAGGCAGCAAGUCAGACGGUCGUCUCACAAGUCAACAUCAGUCGAAGUUUUGUAGGCGCACUAAUUUCCACCAUCAUAUUACUAUUCGUCGGGCCAUGGAGCGACUGCAGCGGCCGAAGAAAACCAAUAAUCAUUAUGCCUUUAGCGGGCAUGUGCGUUAUGACAACGUUCAUCAUUCUCCUGAGCAUCUUUCCUAACUUCAACGCGACGCAAACUUUGUACGCGGUGCAGAUACCGAUGUCUCUCGGUGGAAACUUCGGUCUCAUGCUGGCAGGCUCUUUCAGCCACAUCGGAGAUGUGUGCCACGCAACAGGCAGGGACGUUACUCGAACCAUGGGCACGCACAGGGCCGCCAUGCAAAUAGCGCACGUCCUGGGCGCCGUCAGCGGCCCGCUGCUCUACCGCCAGCUAGGAUUCCACGGUGUGUUUCCCAUUUCAUUACUCCUGCAGUUUUCAUCUCUAAUAUUCGUGAUAAUGUACGUGAAGGACGUGAACGUGAACACGGACAAUAAAGUGUCCGUGUUCAAUUGGCGACUGCCCUUCUUAGCCAUCAAGAGCUUGGUACGAGCCCGGCAGGACUACAGGAGGACCGUCAUAUACCUGAUGCUGCUGGUGGGACUGUCCGACAAGCUGCUGUUGUCAACUGAAGUAAUGCUGGCCUUCAUGUACUACCGGAAAAAGUUCAAUUGGGAUGACAUCACAUUCGGAUUGUUCCUCGCCUACCGGAAUAUUGUCAGUCUCCUGGGAACAAUGUUGAUCCUGACACUACUAAAGAGGCGACUGAGACUGUCGGACGAGGCAGUGGGCGUUCUAAGCUGCGUGUCCUACCUGCUGGCCACAUCCGGCCUCAUAGCAGCUAAAUACACUUACAUCGUAUUCUUACUUUCCUUGGUGGGCAUCAUAAGCCAGGGCUCACAAGUAGUGCAAAGGCCGAUUCUGAAUAAGCAAAUUUUACCAACCGAACAAGGUAAAAUCUACAGUCUUCUAGGAGCUCUCGAAUCGGCAACUCUCCUCGUAGCGUCUCCCCUCUUCAACUACCUGUACAGCAAAACUGUCACGACCAUGGCGGACGCCUGGCUCAUACCGUGCCUCUCAUUAGCCGCUAUCCAAUUAUUGUCAUUCCUAAUUACUAGAAAACUUAUACAAAAGAGUAAUUAUCACGAAACAGAAGCACCACCAGAGAAACCUUUAGUCGCACCAAAAGUUGUUUUAGAAGAUAAUUGUGAAUGUGUAAAGAAACAAGAUGAAGCAAAGCCAAAGAGUCAAGAAGCCAAAAAGACGUGAUAAAUCGAAUAAAUGUUUACUUAACAUU